AUGAAAAUUGAAUAUGGAUGUCAGAGAGAACUAUACAUUGAAGAAAAUGUGGCAGAAGCCAACAACUCCUCAGUUUGGAACAUAUCUCCUCAUACAUUAACUGUUGAAGAAAUGUCUUUGUUAAAUAAAGGUAUGAACUUUAUACCAACACAGCCAAGUGAUAUCACAGACUGUAUGAUGGAUUUGAAGCUUUUUACGCAAACUGUUAUGCUGAAAGUUCAUUUUAAAUCAAACAAUAAUGUGCAAUGUGAUAGCCAUAUAAUGACUUUCAAAAAACCUAGUUCCUUUACUCGUAUUAACAAUGCCGCUGUAGAAGUUUUUGAGAGAAAAUGUGAAGAUGACAUUAUUUCUCUAUUUACUCACAGGAAUUUGGGAAAAGUUUUUUUUUUUAAUUUAAUCCCUUAUGAACAACAGGCUUUAAAAAUGUUGAUUCAUGACAGAUCCAUUGUCAUUAAAUCUGCAGACAAAGGAAGUCCUGUGGUACCACAUUCUAUGUGCAGUGAGACCUGUUCUUUAGGUUACAGAAAAUCUUCACGUCAAGGACAACCACUUUGUUGCUAUGACUGUGUUUUGUGCUCCAUGGGAGAGAUUGCUAAUCAAACUGACACAUCAGAUUGCCUCAAAUGCCCAGCAGGUUUCUUUUCUAAUGACAGAAGAGAUGCAUGUGUUCCAAAACUCAUUGAAUUCCUGUCACUUCAGGAGUCCUUGGGAUGUACUUUGGCUUUAGUUGCUAUUAUCUUAGCAGCUAUUCCUCUUCUAAUUCUAUGGAUCUUCAUAGGGAACAGAGACACUCCAAUUGUGAAAGCAAACAACCGCGAUCUCAGCUAUUUUCUUCUUGUUUCACUCACAUUAUGUUUUCUCUGUUCCUUGAUAUUUAUUGGCAAACCAAACAAUAUUAGUUGUCUUAUGCGGCAAAUGGCAUUUGGUAUAUUUUUUUCCAUAUCUGUUUCAUCUGUACUCACCAAAACCAUCAUUGUGGUUAUUGCUUUUAAUGCCACAAAACCUGGAAGCAAAUUAUUGAAAUGGGUGGGGUCAAAGACAGCAUGUGCAAUAGUUACUUGUGGUACACUGAUUCAAAUUAUUAUAUGUACCGUUUGGCUUAUCUCUUUUCCACCUUUCCCACAACUUAACAGUUAUUCUUAUAAGGAAAAAAUUAUAAUUGAAUGCAAUGAAAACUCAAUAGCAAUGUUCUAUUGCAUGCUUGGUUAUCUUGGCUUCCUGGCAACUGUAAGUCUCAUAGUAGCCUUUCUAGCCAGAAAGUUACCUGAUAGUUUUAAUGAGGCUAAAUUCAUCACAUUUAGCAUGUUAGUGUUUGUCAGUGUUUGGUUGUCCUUCAUACCUGCUUAUAUGAGUACGAAAGGAAAAUUUGUUGUUGCUGUGGAGGUGUUUGCUCUUCUGUCAUCAACGGCAGGGUCGUUGAGCUGUAUAUUCUUUCCAAAAUGCUACAUUAUUAUUUUGAGACCUGAGAUGAACACAAGAGACUAUCUCAGGAAAAGAGAUGCUAACAUGGGAUAA